GAUAAUAUCGAUAAUAACAAUAAUAACCAUAAUGACGAUAAUAACGGUAAUUAUGAUAAUAGCGAUAAUGAACGUAAUAACGAUAAAAACGAUAAUUAUUAUAAUAACGAUAAUAACGAUAAUAACGAUAUUUACGUUAAUAACAAUAAUAACGGUAACGAUAAUAAUAAUAAUAACGAUAAUAACGAUAAUAACGAUAAUAACGUUAUUAACGAUAAUAUACAUGAUAAUGAUAAUAACGAUAAUAAAGAUAAUAAUAAUAAUAAUAAUAAUAAUAAUAAUAAUAUUAACGAUAAUAACGGUAAUAGUGAUAUCAACGAUAAUAGUGAUAAUAACGAUUACAACGUUAAUAAUGUUAAUAACAAUAAUGAAGAUUAUAAUGAUAAUGAUGAUAAUAACGAUAAUAUUAAUAAAAAUAAUAUUAUCAAUAAUAAUAAUUUUAACGAUAAUAGAAAUAAUAUCGGGACAUUCACAUGUUCGAAUACAUUUUUCGAAAAUUCUCAUGUUAAAGCACGUAUUUAG